CGGUCCUUAGGCUGCCGAGGCAUCCCCGCGUCCAGGGGAGGUCACAGGUGUGCGUGGAAACCUGGCUUUUUAGAUGCCAUGCGUCCUGGGACCCGAAGGCCUGACCUCUAGUACUCAGUGAUCGGAUAGUGGAAGCGCUGUCUCUCCAGCUCCACCAUUUUUCUUACGGAAUUCAAUUUCCUUAGGAAAAGGAUUCAUAACUUGGAUUUGCAAAUCUUUAGCAGCUGAAGAAAGCAUGUCAUCAGAUAGGAAAAUAAUGAAAACCCACCAGUUUUAUUGGUUUGUGAGGCAGUCUGCUGAGCAGCCUGGCUGGCUUUGACCAGGUGGCCUUCCUAGCUGUCUCCACUGCUCGGGAAUUGUACUUGUACUUUGCACAAAAAACUCAUUUCCAUCCUGUGGAUUUCACCUUAACGCCAACAUCAUGUCUGGUUCUAAUGGUGCCAAAGACAAUUCCCACAACAAGGCUCGGACAUCUCCUUACCCAGGUUCAAAAGUUGAACGGAGUCAGGUUCCUAAUGAGAAGGUGGGCUGGCUUGUUGAGUGGCAAGACUAUAACCCGGUGGAGUACACUGCAGUCUCUGUCUUGGCUGGCCCUAGGUGGGCGGAUCCUCAGAUCAGUGAAGGCAACUUUUCUCCCAAAUUCAAUGAAAAGGAUGGGCACGUGGAGAGAAAGAGCCAGAAUGGCCUGUACGAGAUCGAGAAUGGAAGACCCAGAAAUCCUGCAGGAAGGACAGGACUGGUUGGCAGGGGUCUUUUGGGGAGAUGGGGCCCAAAUCAUGCUGCAGACCCCAUUAUAACCAGGUGGAAAAGGGAUGGCAGCGGUAAUAAAAUCACACAUCCUGUCUCCGGGAAAUGCAUCUUGCAGUUUGUUGCAAUAAAAAGGAAAGACUGUGGAGAGUGGGCAAUCCCGGGGGGGAUGGUGGACCCCGGGGAGAAGAUCAGUGCCACACUGAAGAGGGAGUUUGGUGAGGAAGCCCUGAACUCCUUACAGAAGUCCAGCGCUGAGAAGAGAGAGAUUGAGGAGAAGCUGCACACACUCUUCAGCCAGGAGCAUCUCGUGAUAUAUAAGGGGUAUGUUGACGAUCCUCGGAACACUGAUAAUGCAUGGAUGGAGACCGAGGCUGUGAACUACCACGAUGAGACAGGGGAUACCAUGGACAGCCUCACCCUGGAGGCCGGGGACGAUGCCGGGAAGGUGAAAUGGGUUGACAUCAGCGAUCAGCUCAAGCUUUAUGCCAGCCACUCUCAGUUCAUCAAACUCGUGGCAGAGAAAAGGGAUGCGCACUGGAGUGAGGACCCUGCUGCUGACAACCAUGGGCUGUAGCUCAUCCGUCCGGUAAGCCAGAGACCAUCUGGGAGUGCUGCAGCCGGCAGGGACACAGAACUGACUCCACAGAGGACGCUUGGGAAGGUCUGCAACCAGGUAAAAUGAGCAAGUAUGGUGAAGAACACUGAACUUUCAGCUUUCUCAAAGGAUUAGAGAUCGCCAGAUUUUGUAUGUACUUAAGCAUGGCUGAACAAAAUUUAAAUAACGAGUGGUCUUUAGAGAAUUGUAGUUACAAUAAAAAUUUAAAAACCCAA